AACUAUGCUCUCUCUUGUUCAGCUAAUGGAACCUCACAUACAGAAGCCCCUAAGACUAUUGAGUCUUCAGCAUCCUCAGUCACUGUACCUAACUUUGCUCCAAACACCAUCUACACAUGUUGUAUACAGGCCAUAACAGCUGGACAGUCACACAAUGUUUGCACAAGGAACUAUUAUAAUAAAUAUGCCAUCGACACCUCCUGAGAAUGUGACAGUUGUAGCAGUGAGUCCCUUUGCAGUGGAAGUAGAGUGGGACCCGCCAGCCACACCAAAUGGGGUCAUCAUUCACUACAAUGUUUAUACUUCCAACCGAGUACUAGUUGACACAGUCAACAGCUCACAAAGGAACUAUGUCUACAGUGGACUAACGCCAUAUCAAAGUGUUAGUGUGUGUGUUUCUGCCAGUACAAGUGUCGGAGAAGGCCCAAAGUCACAACCAGUAUCUACCAGAACAAGAGAAUCAGCUCCCAGUGAAGUUGAGAGUUUUGAGGUGGUGGCAGUGUCUGAAACCUCGUUCAAUGUCUCUUGGAACCCCCCUCGCUUGCCCAAUGGAGUUCUGACUGGGUACCAGCUGACAGUCAUUGACUUGGUAUUUGGAAGGGAUUCACCGACCACAACCCAACACACUUGAAGUUGCCGUAAACAGUGGUGUUGAGCCCUAUGUUCCGUAUGAGAUAUCAGUGCGAGCUGCAAACAGUGCCAGUGUGGGAGAAGCCAGAGAGAUUCUCAUAUUUACCAAAGAAGGAGUUCCUCUGGUUGCACCAACCAUACUCGCUCUUCAAAGAACUAACUCAACCUCUGCAUUGAUAGAGUGGAAACCGCUGAGACCUCAAGAUUUGAGGGGAAAUCUGACCUCUUAUCUCUUGGUGUAUUCCAAACAGAGCGACUCCUGUCCCACUGUCCCUGAGAGCUAUGAAAACAGCACACCAGUUGAAGCUCUUUCCCCAGCCUAUUCUCUCACAGAUGUGUUGGAUCCUAGACACAAGUACUGUGUUGGUAUAGCUGCUGUGACUGGUGCUGGGGCUGGAGUCUUUAGCUACAAGUCUGUGUCUUGGUUUGACUCUGCCAGUUUUUCAUUGGUUAUUAAGGUGACUUUCUGCUCCCAGUGGAUUGAGGAGCUGCCUGUAGACAAAGCAAGAGACCUAACUGUUGAAAUAAGUCGUGGAAUAUCCCAGUACUGUCAAUGUGUGUUCCCGAGCAACUACAUCACUGAUACCAUGUUCAUAUGCGACGAUAGCAGAAGCGAUGUAGUGAGAUUUGAUGGCCAAAUAAUUGGAAGGAAUGAGCAGGACAGUGGUAGUCUGAAGGAGAACAUGCAGCAAUGGGUCUCCAGUGAACCAACUGUGACAGUACAAGUAGUAAAUCCUACUAAUGAAGAAGAAACUGAGGACUCUAUUGGAGUCAGUAUUGCAGGAGUAAUUCUUCUUGUAGCACUGGUGGUCUUUGCAGCUGUAUGUGCCACAUACAUUGUAUGCAAGCGAAGUGGUUCAAAGCAAGGGGCAGAAAGAGAAAUAUCGACUAGUACAAGCAUUGACAGUCACACUGUUACAGAUCUGAAGAACCCAUACUAUGGCUAUGGAGUCCAUGCAAAAGAGAAAUACCUAACUGACUCUGGAUACUCUAUCGUACAAAAGAAACAAAUGGUGGUGAAAGAAGUUGAAAACCCCACGUAUGGACUGAAUGAGAUCAAGAAAGGGAAGGAUCCGAUCUCAAAUCCACUGUAUGGAGCCAACACACUGCCAGGAGGAGUGCAGUUGCCAUCGUCCAGUGGCAGUGGGCUGUACAGCGAGAUUCCUAUCAGCAGGGAGGAGUGCUUUUAUAAAGAAACAAAACACUUGUAGCUUUUUGUGUGCAGUUUUGUGUGUGAGUAUUAUAAUCCUUGAGAAUUGUGUAGCUAUCAUGCAGUCAUUGCUGUGUGCUGUAGCAAUGAAAUUAUGUACACAACACACGACUGCCAAUGGUUGAACUUGUUUUAU